GGCAACUGCAAUGUUGAUUGUGGACCAGGAACAAAGAGUAGAACUCGAACAUGCAUAAAGCCAACUCAAGAUGCAACGUGUACAGGCCAAAGUAAAGAUUUUAUGAAAUGCCAGAAACAGUUUUGCGAAGGUGAAAUAAAGUUUAUGAUGCGUUUUUCUUCUUAUAUUAUUCCGUUGCAUCAUUUCAUUUCGUCACAGUGAUAAAUUAACUCUAUUCUGCAGGGACCUCUGGUUUUACCAAUGUUUACAGUACUGUAAUCAAGACUCUUCAAAAGUUUUUUAAUACAGAAUAUCCAGAUAAACAAAAGACAGGUAAACGAAUUUUUUUUAUUUCUUUUCACUUAAUUAACCAAAAGUAGCUAGGACCAAUCAUCAAAGGCGUUUGCGAUUAGUCCCAUUUUAUAUCAUUUAGCUAAUGAUUGACUCUUCUUCUAGGAAAAUUCCAAAGAGCUCUUUUUCAAGUCCAAAAAGCUUCGGCAUUAAUGAGAAAUCUUGGCGAUCCUGAAUCAUUUGGAAAUACUUCAGAAGAAAGAUUAGCUAAAUUUAAAGAGAUCUUCGCUAUGGCAGUAAAUUCAGAUCACUUUUCGUUUGCACGCAGUACACUUGGAAAAGCACUAUAUGUUAACAUACAGGUUAGAAGACCGUAAUUUGUCCACACGUUCUGCAGUUUCUUAUUACAGGUUGUUGUUUAUUGCUAACAUUACUCCUAAUCUUGCUUUAAGAUUCUAAUCAAAGAGCAAAGGACUCCUGACGAAAUAUGCAAUGGAGGUGUUGAAAUGCUGAAAGAAUUAAAGAAUAAAUCAUCACCUAAUUUUGAUCUCGUGUUUGGCAGUGGUGGUGAAUCAACUCUGAUGUUUACGAUUGAUACAACUGGUUCAAUGUCAGCGGAGAUAUAUGCAGCAAGGCAAAUGGUAUCUGCAAUUAUUAACGUUGUUAAAGAACAACCCGUAGAUUGCAUUGUGGCUCCUUUCAAUGAUCCUUCGGCUGGACCAGUUACAAAGAGAGCUUCCUCUCAACUUGAACAAUGUGUCAAUGACAUAGCUGCAUUGCGAGCACAUGGUGGUGAUGACUGUCCAGAACAUUCAUAUGGAGGCAUGAUCGAGGCGCUUAAAAGUCAACCAAAAUUUGGUAGCUCUAUGUUUGUGUUUACGGAUGCGUCCGCAAAAGAUGCGACGUUAGAAAAUUCUUUAACUUUGAAAUCAUUAGCUGAAUCACAGUCUAUCACUAUCAAUUUCUUAUUGACAGACGGUCAAAGUUGUUUAGAAGGCGAUACCAAAUACAAAGAGAUAGCUGACUUGACAGGAGGACCUGUUGUUUUCCUUUUGUUUUAUUUGUCAUGGAAAUAUUUUUCUUUAGGUCAUGUUUUCUCUCUGAAGGAGAAAGAACUGCCAAAUCUUGUGGCAUAUGUAAAAUCAAGCUUAUUUAUUGACACGUCCAUAGCGGUUAAAGGUAAAAGUGAAUCAACCAAAGAAACAUUUCAAGUUGACAGCAAUAUUUUUAUAUUAAUAAUAACAGUGACAGUCACCAACAAUGCUGAUUCAGUGACUCUAUUGACACCAAAUAAUUCUCCUUAUACCCAGAACAUCACCACGAUCUCAAAUAUAAAGAUAUUCGAGGUUGUCAAUCCUGUUCCAGGUGAAUGGUCGAUUACAUAUGAGGAUGCAGUUGGAAAUUUAACAUUUGGUGUCGAAGCAAUAUCCAAAGAACCAAUUGAAUUUUCAUUUAAUAUGCAAGCUGAGGUGAAGGGAACGACAUACGCUGUGUUUAAUCCCAUUGAUGGUCAAGAAAAUGAUCUCAUUAUUCGAGUUGCUGGUGGAAAUAUAAUUCAGAUUCCCACCCUUAGAGUUGAUGUUGUAAUGGAAAGCGGAGAUGUUAUAAUUCCUGAUUUAAAGCUAGAACGAACAGAUACAGAUUUCGUAUUUAGGACAAAAUUUGUGCCACCUCCUUUUCCAUUAAAGCUACUUCUAAAAGGUAUUAAUUAAUGCAUUAUUGAUACGCAGCACUUUAUUUAUUAUUUUCCAAUCUCUUUAAUAAUAGCCGUCGUCUGUCUGUGCGUCCGCGAAAGCGGCGUCCCGUAAGGGAAACACGAAAUUCUCAAAAUGCGCACGAAUAUCAAAUGCGAUAUAUUUUUAUCCACUUUGUUCCGACGGGUAAAUUUAAAGGACGAGCAUACGCAACGGGCGACCCUGUGGAUUUUUCCACGGGUUAACGACUUAUAUUAUUAUAUUUCCAUUAUUUAUGGAAAUUUAAAUUCAAUUUAAUGAAGGCGUAAUUUCUUCCUAUUUUAAAAUGCACAAUGUUCCUAUUAACAAAAAAGUUGAAUUUUAUAUAUAUAUAGACUUUGAACUAUUGCAAAAUGUUAUAAUUUCCAAAUGAAUGUCGAACGUUUUUUUGCAGCUUCAAGCCCAGGAAAUAAAGGGGGUCCCAUAUUAAAGCAGGACGCUUUGUUGGACAUUUUACUGUGCAUUCUAUCAUUUCAAAAUAAUCAAAAUUAAUUCUUCAUUUCUUUCAGGUCAAAAAAAAGAUGGCACACGAUUUCAAAGAGUUUCAAGAGAACUUAUAAGUGUUCAGCGAUCUUUCUUCCAAGUAGCAAAAGCUGGUAACGAAUUGACAGCCCGCUUGGGCGAUCAAGAUGUUGACAUUAAAAUACAAGUAUUGAACACAGGGACACCUACGAAUUAUGAUUUCGCAAUCAGAACAAGCCUCGGAAGGAUUUCCCCUCAAAGGAUAUCCAAAACAAUUGAUGGUAUCGAUUUUCUUGACUUUAAAUUCCAAGUACCUACAAGCCGAUCGGCAGUUGGAAAGCUUGCAACGAUAAGUAUCACAACAAGAUCACCUCAACGACCAAUCGAAUUUAUUUUUGACUUAUUUUUAGUUGAGUAAUGUUGGAUGAGCUUUCUUCAUAAAAAUAUUGCAAAGAGAGAUAUUGAGCUUUGCCUAACAAUGUGUCUUGGGCUCGUUAUAAAAAAAGAAAGGUGUAAAAAAAUUGUGAUUUUAUGUUUAUGUGUUGACAAAUUUAUAGUUGUGGGAAAUAUUAAUAUGUAUGACAUAAUAUAUUUAAUGUAUGUGUAAAAAAGUAUUUGAUAAAAUACGCAGCCAAAGGUUAUCAGCUUCAAAUUUGACUGCACUAUCCGAUAGAACAACUUACCAUGUGUAACGAGACGCGUAUUCCGAAUUGAAUCGAAUCACACGACGAAUUGGAAGUCUGGUAACUUGAACUUGUGUCACACCAUUUUCUUUCGUUCUAGCGGUUAGAACUCUCAUUUUGAUUCAGAAUUUCAGACUUUUCGAAUAUUUGUUCUAAGCUUUUUGCUUUAUUUCUAGUGCUUUCAUUAAAUGUACCAUGUUACGGAAUUUCCUUAGCGAUAUGUUGCUUCGCACUUAUAGGCGACGUCUUCUUUUUAAUAGGAGCUAGUUAAUAAAAAAAUUAAAACUA